UUUUAUUGUAUAUCAUUUACAAUUUCAAUCUCUCUCUCUCUCUGUCUCUCUCUCUCUAGACUUAGAUUUUGUGAAUGGCUGAAGUGGAAGAGGGACAGGUCAUCGGCGUCCACACCGUUGAUGAGUGGAAGCUGCAACUCCAGAAUGCAAAAGACUCCAAAAAACUGAUUGUGGUGGAUUUUACUGCUUCCUGGUGUGGUCCAUGCCGUUUUAUGGCCCCAGUUCUUGCAGAGAUUGCAAAGAAAACUCCUGAAUUGAUCUUCCUCAAAGUGGAUGUGGAUGAAGUGAGGCCUGUUGCUGAGGAAUAUUCCAUUGAGGCCAUGCCAACCUUCCUCUUCUUGAAAGAUGGCGAGAUCGUGGACAAGGUGGUUGGUGCUAGUAAGGAUGACCUUCAAGCCACCAUAGCCAAGCAUGCAUCUGCUGUUGCUGCUGCUUCUUCUUCUUGAAGUGAAGUAUCAUAAUAUGAAAGAAGACAAAGAAUAAUGCAUUUUAAUGUUUUCAAGUCAGUUUGGAUGUUUUCUCUAUGGACAUUGAGUUGGCAGAACAUCGAGUGAUGUAUAAAAAUAAAAUUGUUGCAUUGUCUUUUUUUCGUAUGAUUAAAUGGCAAUUUAGCGACUAA